GCUUGUAAGAACGUCUGGACAAUUCAAGCAGCCCAAAGUUUCAAAUCUCCAACCAAGCAUCAACUCAUCAUGCCGUCCACCGCGUUCUUCAGCGUCAGGAUCAGUGAUACCGACCCCAAGACGCUGAUCGUCCUCCUCGAGUACAUCCACAAGCCAACCAACAUUGUGCUCGACUGCCAAAAGCACACCAUCACGUUGCACCCGACAGAAAGCCGGGCCACCAUCAGCGUCACGUCGCGAGGCGGCGUCACGGCCAGCGAGGACGUCGUUCUGUCCUCCGACUCGGUCGUCUGCACCGACUUCCUCCCGCGCAUAUUCGAUAACACCGUCCUGCCCAUGUACGCCAUCAGCCCCGACCGCGUAGCCAUCAUGAUGCAGCCGUUCGCGGCCAACAUCGAGGGCCCGGAGAGGCCGCUGAUCAAGUUUGAGGGCGGCAUGUUCGAGGAAGUCUUUGGCGGCCGCAUUGGGAUCGAUGCCGACCCCCGGAAUGAGGCUGCCGAUGGCAGUUCGGGCGUGGAUGUCUUUAAUGAUGCGUUGGCGAGGCUAUUCGAGAACGCGAGGAGUGUGGUGUGGGGAACGAACCAGAUUCUGCGUCCGUAGAAGGGUUGAGGAGGCAUGGGUGGUAGUUUGUGCUUGUCUCAGCUUGCUGUAUCACGCCGAGCAGUAGUCUAUGUUAGUAUCACAAUACAUUUAUUUC